AUGGCGCCGCCAGAGGAGGACCGAAGCCUCAAGAAACAGAAGCGCAAAGACCGGGAACAAACAGAUGAGCGCGAGAGAGCGGCCUUGGCUGCAAAUCAGCGCGCUGGUGCGGCACUGGAAGUCGUCGAGCGGCGACGCGUGGACACGAACUCCGACAUCAAGGUCAAGCACGAGCGUGUAUCCCCAGCUCCAUCGAACGCUUCGUCAGCCUCGUUCCGUCCAAACUCGCAACAAACAUACGGGAUGCCCAAGAAGAAGAAGCAGAAGCGCGUCGUCGACUCUGACGACGAACCCUUGUCCCAGACACCGCAGCCCCAGGCCGCGCCCGGAUUCAAGAUCAAGCUCGCGCACAACAAGGGACGUCCAACGGAGAGCCCUGCACCUUCCCUCCCUGCGGCGACAGGCGGUAGCAACAACUUUGACUGGACGCCGCCACCAACACUGCAACGGCCCCUCGUUCCCAGACGUCCUGGAGUGAAGAAGCCUCUCAAACCUGGCCCGAAGCGCCAGAACGAGGUCAAGGAAGACUUCAGCGACCGGAAGGCACCUAGCCAGAUCGCGUGCCAGACCUUCUGGCAGACCAUUGAACCAUACACGCGCGAUCUCCGCCAUGACGACUUGGCGCUCUUAGCGUUCAAGGCGGAUCAGCCCGAUCUGUUCCAGAUACCGCCGCGUGGCCGGCACUUCACCGAAGUCUGGGACGAGGAGGACGGUAGCGCACCGUACACGACACCCCGCGUCUCAGUACCGCCGUUAUUCCGUCAGCGUCCGCAACGUAAGGCUGCGCAAGGUAUCAACUCCGUCGGCGACGUCGAAGAGCUGGGCGCGUUCUCUGAACGGUUAACUUCAGGUGUCGUCGGUGGCCAGGACCUCGGCGAGACGUACCAGAAGGCCGUGGCUUGCAUCCCAGAGCCCGAGGGCGACCCGGGACCGCUUCCCCGCACCGACGGCAUCGACAUGGAGGACAAGGUCAAGAAGGAGAUGCGGCAUAUGAUGCUGUUAGGCGAGCAUGAAGAGUUUGAUUCUGCCGGCCGUGAGGAUGACGAGAUCACGUCGUCAUUGCGCACAUGCCAGAGCGAGCUGCAGGUACAGAUGGGGGUCAACGAACAGCGCAAGGGUCGCCUCGUCAAGCAGGCCGAGAAUCGCUUGGCGUACAACGAGUACCAGGCGUACCUGGAGUCGAUGGACAAGUUCAUCGAGAGCGAGUGGGCGAAGCGCACGAAGAAGCACGGCUCGAGCGGUAAGAAGAAGCUCGUCAACGGCCAGGUUGUAGGCGACGGCCGUCCUUCGGUUAAUGCCGAGCUCCUGCGAGUGGUGCGCCUCCGGGAUCAAUGGGACAAGGCUGUGGGCUCGGUUAUGAAGGCCCGGCCUGAAGGUGAGGUGCUGGGCAUCCCGCGGCACAGCAUCUAUGAAGGCAUCGGGGAGGGGGACAAGGGUGACAAUGCGUACGCGAUGGAUGUAGACGACGCCGACGCCGACGACGACGGCACGGCUGUGUAG